GCGUCGAGAACGAAAAACUUCUAUCUUGUGGUCGUUUGACAAAUAGUUUUUCGUUUUUUGCGAACAAACGAUACCGAUUCUUGCUGGAACUUGUGGAGAUUCUGGUUUCUCCAAUGUUUCGGUAUCGAUAAUCACAUCUGAAAGGGUCAAGAAAUCAAGCAUAGAGAGGUAGUCCGCGAUAUCGGGACGCAGGAAUUGCAGUUAAGCAUGCGAGACAUCAGCGUGAUCGUUAAUUUUAUUUUAUUUUACUUCUGUUUAUUACAUACGGCUAUCGCACAGUCCUUCGACUUUAGAGUUAAUCUAGAGGAAGGCAAGGACGCAGGGCAGCCAGUGCAUUCAUUCCCUUCACCAGCGAGUAAUGAAGUUUACACCUUUUUUCCGGCGCAAGAUGCCGAUUCAAAAGCUGCUCGAACCUUGUUUCAAAUUUCUGAACAAGGGGUUGUGACAACAACAAAACCGAUCGACUUCGAAAUCGGCAAGAAAAACUUCUACGACUUGGUGGCUGUGCGGCGUGAUCGAGGUGACAAGGAAGGAGGGGUUCCCUUAAGCAUCCGAAUCUCUAUAACAGACACAAACAACUUCGGUCCCACUUUCCCUUCAAAUUUGUAUCAUGGUAGAGUACAGGAAGAUUCUCCAGUAGACACUAUCGUGUUGGGUCUGGAAGACUGUUUUGCUGAAGACAGAGACACGGUGGGCAGCCUGACUUAUUCUAUAAGUGGCGGAAACGAGAAAGGGUACUUCAAGGCGGACAAAAGGACGGUUAGCGGCAUUAGCCGCGUUUUUCUUGUUUUGAAAACUACAAAUGUUAAGAUUGUAAGGGACGUCAACGCACCUGAAAUAACCUUAACCGUUCGUGCAUUCGAUGGUAAACGAUUUGGAACUACUAAAGUGACCAUAAAUGUCCUCGAUGUUAACAACAACAAUCCGGUAUUCGACACGGAUAGCUACUCGGCCACUAUCAACGAGGAUACCCCUCUCAUGACAUCUGUAUUGCGAGUUCGCGCUACCGACAAGGAUGUUGGUACCAACGGAGGUAUUUAUUACUACAUCAGCGGAGGUUCGCCAUGGUUUUCUGUCGAUGCUAUCACAGGAGUUAUGAAAGUGGUGGGUCGGCUACCCAAUCAAGCAGUUGUCAACAUGGAGGUUAUUGCUCGAGACCGAGGUAGGGAUGGGACAAGAACCGACAAUGUAAAUGUGAAGGUAAACAUAAAUCUUAUUGCUGACUACCCCCCAGCUGACACAGCCAACCCAGGUGCAAAUACGGCUCCAGUGUUUCCAGAAGGAAGUUACUCAGCAAAUGUGCGUGAGGAUUUCCCAGUUGGUGCUGCCGUUCUUGUCAUCCACGCAGUGGACCGUGAUCCUCCAGGCCGAAAUUCACGCAUACGGUACCGCUUAAGUGGAGAUAAUGCUUUCCUAAUCAAUCAAAACAAUGGUGUGGUUUCUUUGAGGAACAAUUUAGAUUUUUCAUCUAAAAGUAGUUAUGACCUUAAUGUUAUUGCUGAAGACGAAGCUCAAAGCCCCCUGAGUGCAACAGCUUCUUUGAAAAUUACUGUACAGCAAGUGGACAAAAAUCGCUUUGCACCAGAGUUUCAGGCUCCAAAUAAAUAUCAGCGUGAAGCUUCAGUUCAAGAGAACAGAGCAAUCAAUACAAAAGUUGGUAGUUCUGUCAUUGCAUCUGAUUCUGAUGGUAAUCAAAGGCCCGAAGGUCAGGUUGUAUACUCUAUUGCAUCUGGAUCUGGCCUACCAUAUUUUAAAAUUGAUGAGAACACUGGUGAUUUACGCUCUGUUGCUAUCCUUGACAGAGAAAAGCAAUCUCAGUAUAACCUGUUGAUAGAGGCUCGUGAUAAAUCCCUUUACCCACUAAAAUCUAAUUUAUACAUGGUUAUUACAGUCAAUGGAGUGGAUGACAAUAAUCCUGACUUCUCUCAGCCUGUUUACGAUGCUAAGGUACCAGGAAAUGCCCCUGCAGGCACCUUUGUGACAGCCAUCCAUGCCAUUGACCUAGAUGGAGAUCCAGUAACAUACUCAAUUGAAAAUGCUGGAACUGUAUUUGCUAUCCAAACAAAUUCUGGGGUGAUCUCCACAAAAAGACCUCUAGAUCCUGCCAAUGAGGAGAGGAAAUUUGUGCUUUCUGUCCGGGCCUCAGCUGCAAAUAAGGAUUCUCGUGCUCAAGUGAUUGUUGAGGUUGUUAGUAAAGCAGACUCACCUCCAACCUUUGUUAAUCUUCCAUACAAGGUUACUGUGCCGGAAAAUCUCGGACAGAUUGAUAGCCUGUUGUGUUUAGCUGCCAAGGAUAGUCAAGGGAAAUCUGUGAGGUACUCUCUUGUGAGUGAUACUGGUGGAAAGUUUUCAGUGGAACAAGAUUCUGGUCGCCUUUCUGCUACUGGCUCUUUUGAUUAUGAGGUCUUUACAGGAGGAGUGUAUCAAGUACAAGCUUCAAGUGGACCACAACAGAUUGCUACAGAAAGAGUCACCAUUACUGUCACAGAUACAAAGGACCCACCCAGGUUUAGCAAGAGCAGCUACAAAUUCUUUAUAGAUGAAGACACCAAAGCUGGCACUACGAUUACAGUAACAAAUCAAGAUGGUUCAUCUGGUGGAUUAGUAAUUGAAGAUGCAGAUACACAAAUAACAAAUUUUUUGUGUACAAUUGAGAACAUACAGUCCCUAGAUAUAGAAAAUCACUUCAAGAUAAAAUUAGUGACUAGCAACAACAACAAAAAUGGUGAAUGCAAACUAACAACUCAGUCACCGUUUGAUCACUUUGACACUCCCAAAUUUACAUUUGAGGUGCGAGCUACUGAUAAAAAUUAUCUCAACAUGUAUGCCUCAGCACAAGUUGAAGUUGAGAUAAGGGACAAGAAUAACAAUUUCCCAGAGUUUUCACAACAAGAUUACUUGGCUUCUGUGGACAAAAAUUUUCCUGUGAGGAAUUCAAUCCUGAAAGUCACAGCAACAGAUAGAGAUUCUGGCUCAUUUGGAGAAAUCACAUAUGAGUUAACUCAAGAUACUCAGGAUAGAAACAGAUUCAGUUUAGAUUCUAACACUGGUGUGUUGUCCAGUGCAAGUUCAUUGGCAGUGAAGACAUACAAUCUGAAAGUUCGGGCAUCUGAUAGGGCUCAAUCUGGUAAUGUUAAAAGGAAGGAAGUUACAGUAGCUGUUCAUGUCUAUGCUCCUGGAACAGCAUUUGUCCAGUUUGAUCCAACAAGUUACUCUAAAGAUAUUGCAGAAAAUGCAGCAAAAGAAACUCUUGUAUUCACAGUAACAGCCAAGGGACCAAGUCCUAUUAAAUAUUCUAUUGUUGGUGGCAAUGUAAACAAUGCCUUUAAAAUUGCGCAGAAUGGACAAGUCCGAGUGGCAAAUUCUCUUGAUCGUGAGACACGGGCAACAUAUAAACUGGUGAUUCGUGCUGUCGUAGGUAGCACUACAUUGGGUUCAGAGGUGACCACUACCAUCAAUGUGCUAGAUGUGAAUGAUGUUGCACCAAAAAUAACAUUCAUGGAUACUGAACCUAAAGUUGUUGCAAUUGAAGACUUCUCACCCAAAGGAAGCUUUGUGAUAAAGGUAACUGCCAUUGAUCGCGAUGCAGGUGCCAAUGGACAGGUCAAAUAUAGUAUCACCACAUCAAACACUCCAUUUCAGAUAGAUCAGAAUACAGGUGUCAUUACAGCCUCACGGGAAAUAAGGCGAUCUGAACAGCUGGCGUGGACUAUUGCUGUUCAAGCUAGUGACAGCAAAGGCAAACAAAGUCUUGCUUACCGCCUCCGGGUCACCGUAACAGAAGGAUUACAAGCACCACAAUUGUCUCCAACUAUUUUAGUUUCCUUGGAUGAAAACAAACCUGUUGGUUUUUCAGUAAAAGAUAUUUCACCAACAACACCGAAUAAUAACUACAAGUACAGAAUCCUAGGUGGAAACACCGAUGAAGCAUUCUGUAUUAAUCACGAUGGUGUUAUAAGCGUGGCCAAACCCUUGGACAGGGAGAAAAUUUCCUCGUAUUCAUUAAAAGUGUCCGUUUCUGUGGGAAAUAAGGUCAGCAACACGACUGUUGAUGUGAGGGUUAGAGACAAAAAUGAUGAUGCUCCUCGGUUUACUAAAGCCGUCUACUCUUUCGAAGUUAGCGAAGACAAAGGUUUUGCUCAAGAAGUAGGCAAAGUGUCAGCCGAAGAUAAAGAUACUGGAGAUAAUGGAGAAGUCGAAUAUCGGUUGUUAUACGCUGUGAAUGUAAACUCGAAGUUUAACGUUGACUUGAAGACUGGCUCCAUUAGUACUAUCCCUGCCCCGGUUGGCUCCCUUCCCACAGAUAAGCCACUUGACUUUGAACAGAUCAACCAGCACGUUUUGUACAUCCGUGCAGCGGAUAAAGGAUUUCCUUCUCUUUCCACCAUCGCCAAGGUGAUAAUCAACGUCAAAGAUGUGAACGAUCAGACCCCUAAGUUUUCAGCGGACUCCUACGUCUCUAAAGUAGCCCUCGAUGCCAAAGUGGACUCUCAAGUCUUAUUGGUUGUAGCCACGGAUUUGGAUAGUGGUGACAAUGGUAAAGUGGUUUACAACAUUACAGGUGGUAAUGCGGAGGGGGCCUUCAAAAUUGAUCCUGAUACUGGUGUCAUUAAGGUGAAAAGGUCUCUGACAACAGUCUCGGCUUCUACUUUUACACUUGAUGUUGAAGCCAAAGACAAAGGAAAUCCGCCGAGAAGUACACUCGCUAAAGUGGAUCUGAAUGUCUUUUUACCUGAUGGACCGCCCAAGUUUGUCGUUAAACCAGUCGUUCAAGAAGUCAAAGAAGGCAUUAAAGCGAACAACAGAGUCAUGGUCGUGAAAGCGGCCACCUCUGAGGCUCUCACCUAUGAAAUAGUAUCUGGUAACGAAGAUGGCUUGUUUCGGAUUAAUCCUUCCACAGGCGAAAUCAUGGUAACAAGGGAGCUGGACUACGAGGAAGCUCAAGAACGUAGGCUUUUUGUGCGAGUGAUGGACACUAGAGACCGCAGUGAUCAAGUGACUGUGAUCCUUCAAAUCAAGAAUAUUAACGAUAACGCGCCCACGUUCCCUGGGGAGGUCGAUGGUUUUGUGGAAAGAAAAGUAGAAGACGACUUCCAGAUAGGCGACUCUGUCGCCCGUCUGUCAGCCUUUGACGGUGAUGUAGGGGACAAAAUCACCUACACGUUAUCUGAGAAUGCACGGGCAUCCUUUUCUAUAAAUAAAGAAGGUUUCUUGAUAGCCAAGAAACCUCGCAAGGAUUUCUCAUCUCCUGUAACUUUCAAGUUGACCGCCAAAGACAACGGUUCUCCCCCACGCGAGAGCAAGGUUGAUGUGCAGCUUGUGCUGGUUAACUACAGACCGGAGCAGCAGCAUCCAGUUAGGGUGUACGUAAGAGAAGACAAAGAGGUCGGUAGUGUGGUCGCUAUAGUUCCAAGAUACUUUCCUGGUGGCACGCUAUCAAUUAUCUAUCCGCGGAAAGCCAACUUCACUGUAGAUAAUUCUGGCUUAGUUCGCAUGACGACACCAUUUGAUUUUGAAGCGAGGCAAUUUUUUACUUUAACUGUCCGAGAACAAGAGCCUGCCACGGCCAGUCGUACAAACGAUGUAGAUGUAGAAAUCAAUGUGAUAGACAUCAACGACAAUAAACCUGUGAUGAAAAUGGUUGAGUACUUUGGCCGUGUCAACACUAAUUCGCGGCCAGGAACGAGCGCGUAUCAGCUUAAGGCCGAGGAUAAGGACGGUGGUUUGAGUGGGAGGAUUGGCUACCAGAUGGUAUCUAGAGGAAUACCUUUCGCCAUCAAUCCUAUAACUGAAGUUGUGGAGACGGGCGGUAUUCUGGAAGACAGGGGAGGGUACAAUGUCACUUUGUUUGGCUUUGAUUUUGGCAUUCCGCGUCAGUUUGGCGAUUCGGUGUACCUUGAUAUCAAGACUGUCAAUUUCAAACCACAAUUUUCCGAAAGUUCAUACAAGUUCGAAGUGUUUGAGAAUGAUCUUCCCGGUAAGGUGAUUGGUGUUGUCAAUGCGACCAGUGCUUCUGGAGCAAGACUGGGUUUCUCAAUAAAGCAAGGUGACACUGAAAACAAGUUUUCCAUUGAAUCUACUGGGGAACUUAUAGUGAACUCGAGGUUAGAUCGUGAAAAGACAAGCAUGUACAACCUGAAAGUUGCAGCAACAGAGCAGAUUCCUCGUGGGUACUCAAAUGAUGUAGAUGUUCACAUCUCGGUGAAGAACGCUAACGAGUACUAUCCUUACUUCCCUCAGAAGGUGUAUGAAAAAUCCAUCAGUGAAGAUGUCGGAUCAGGCGCAUCGGUGCUUGGUAUCACUGCAUACGACUGUGAUUGCACAGGUUGUAAAUGCGAAAACGCCGAGCUGAAAUACUCAUUGGAAGGUACCGGUGUUUUUAAAAUUGAUGAAGUCACUGGCUUGAUAAGUGUUGGUGAUACGCCGCUUGACUAUGAAACUCAAAGGAUACACUUAUUUAAAGUUGUCGUGGAGGAUUUUGGCGAAAAGAAGUUCUCUUCUAGGUCGUUUGUCAGGGUAACCGUACAAAAUCAGAAUGACGAAGAACCGAAAUUCCAGAAAGGAGAAUACAGCAUUGAUAUUGCAGAAGAUGCAACGACUAAUAAAGCUCUAGCAGCCAUCCUUGCCAGAGAUGCUGAUGGCGACUCUUCAGUGUACACGAUAACCAGCGGCGAUGGCGGCGGUAUCUUCAACAUUAAUCGAGACACUGGUGUGCUGUCACUUAGACAGAGUGUUCAAGGAAAGCAAACCCAGUACUCUCUCACAGUGCGGGCAACAGACACAGGUAGAAAUCCGAAAUUCGAUGAAGUGCGUGUUGUGGUCAACAUCGAAGACAUCAAUGACAACCGACCAGUCUUCACUGUUUGCCCGGAUGAAGUGACCGUCGAGGAGAACAAACCGAGAGGUGAGAGGGUAACUCAAGUCACUGCUGUAGACAAAGAUAGAGGACGGAACGGGGAAGUGGAGUACAAGCUUGUUACAGGUGGUCAAAGGCUAUUCGAAAUAAAUAAUUCCACUGGUCUGAUUACGACAAUAACCAGCUUGGACCGGGAGAGUGAAGAUCGUCACACGUUAAUAGUACAAGCCGAAGAUGGAGGACAUGGAAGAAAUGAAGCAGAGAGGCUUCUCUCCUAUUGUAUCAUAGAAGUCAAAGUAGCCGACGUUAACGAUAAUUAUCCCGUGUUCUUCACAAGGCAAUAUUAUGGCAGUGUGUUUCAAGGAGCCCCAAUAUCUACGACCGUCUUGACUGUGAGCGCUACGGACGAUGAUGUAGGAAGCAACCAGGUAGUGGUGUACUCCUUGGUUGGCUCCAGUGACAAGUUUAAAGUCGAUGGAGCUACUGGUAACAUCAUAACAAUCGCGGACUUAGCCAAUUUCCAACAAACCGUACAACUGAAAAUUCGGGCAUCGAAUCAGGCUACACCAACCGCUACGAAAACAAGCUCAUCGGAGACUACAGUUGAGAUUAAUGUUGUAAACCAGCAACCACCCAAGUUUGAACCAAGUAGUGUUUAUACUUCCGAUAUUCAAGAAGAUGUGAAAAUAGGAAGUGCUGUGGAGACGGUGAAAGCGGUAAGCCAGGUCGACCCCACGAAUGUGAUUUCGUAUAGUUUGGUGAAGUCAUACUUCAGAGCUGAGCAGAAUUUCAAGGUUGACCCAGGAACAGGAGUGAUUUCAACUGCAAGUACGCUUAACUUUGAGCAGCAGAGUAACUACAAGCUUCAGAUUCGCGCUCGAGAGAAUAAGAAUAAUCUGUAUGCUACUUGUUCUGUCAUAGUACGACUUAUAGAUGUAAACGACGACACACCGACAUUUAAACUUGAAGAGUACUCCGCCAGAGUUCCCGAGGAAACAUCUGGAGGCUUCAAUGCGAUCACGGUCAAAGCAGAUGACAGGGACACCGGCCAGUCUGGUCAAGUCUUUUAUUCCCUUGAGGCGCCUCAGAAAUUCAGGAUAAUUCAAAGCAAUGGCACCAUCUUCAGCCAAGCGAAAUUUGACAGGGAGGCGCAAGGGACUCACACUGUGGUCGCGAUCGCCACAGAUAAAGGCACGCCAGCUCUCCAGGCCAAAGUUGCUGUUUCCAUUGCAAUUGUGGAUCAGAAUGACGAGCCCCCCGUCUUUAAACAAAGGUCAUAUGAGGCUACUGUUCAAGAAGAUGCUCCCAUAGGUACCUCUAUCCGUGACCUAUCGGCAACGGACGCUGAUAUUGGAGACAAUGCAAAGUUGGAGUACUUUAUAUCCGGCGGAGCACAGUCCCAGCUUUUCAGAAUGGAGACGGUUUACAGUCCCCAAAACGAAGGUAUUCUCUAUCUUGACGGCAAGCUGGACUUCGAAAGCGUAGAAACCUACACCAUUAAAGUAACGGCUACAGAUAGAAAAAACAGCGACACUGUGGACGUUGUCAUCAAGGUUAUUGACACAAACGACAACGUCCCAGAGUUUACUACGCUGAUCUAUGAAGAAACGAUCAAAGAGGAAAUUAAGGCUGGUGAAAAGGUGGUACAGGUUUCUGCAACGGACUUGGACAGCUCCAAAAUUCAGGAUCCAUUGGCUUACUCGAUUGACAAUACAGGACAGAGGUAUUUCUCAAUCAACUCUGAAACUGGCCAGAUUACCACCGCCAAUGAGAAACUUGAUCGCGAAAAAGACCCAAUUGUUAGCUUUUACGUCUUCGCUUAUGAUGGGAAACAUAGAGGAGAGGCCCUGGUAAGAGUCAACCUAACAGACAUCAAUGACAAUGCCCCGUACUUUCCAAACCCUCCUUAUGUCGGCUAUGUGGAAGAAAAUAAAAAUCCAGGUACCAGUGUGAUGGUUCUUCAAGCAGUUGAUUUAGACACUGGUGUAAACGCAGCAAUACAUUAUGAAUUAGAGGACGAUGCUGGGGGCAAGUUUAAGAUUGAUAAAGACACCGGGCUUGUCACCACCCUUGAAACUCUGGAAAGGGAGGGCCCCGAAAACGAAUUUACUAUACGAGUGAAAGCUACGAACAGGCAGGCCGGUGGUAACCCACCUUUGUCUGGUACUGUUACUGCUACAAUCAAAGUUUCUGAUGGAAAUGAUAAGAGUCCAGAGUUUAAUCCCUUAAUUUACAAAGCAAAUGUUCCAGAAGAUGCCUUGCCCGGGUAUUUUGUUACCAAGGUGGUUGCUACCGAUAAAGACGUUGGUCCCAACGCUGAAUUAGAGUAUACAAUUAAAGCAGGCAAUGACCCUUACGAGUUUUACAUCGACCCAAGGAAUGGUCGCAUCCUCGUGUCUGGGCUUCUCGACUUCGACAAGGGGAAGAAAGCCUACAACCUGACAGUUACAGUUAGUGACCGCGGAAAUCCACCUAGGAGUGCCCCUAAACCAGCGUUGGUUUACAUUAACGUGAUCGAUGCCAAUGACAAUCCUCCAAUAUUUGUGCCUGCUGAGUACGACAAGAAAGUAUCGGAGAGUGUAAAACCGGGUGACACUGUCUUACUGGUGACAGCGGUUGACAAAGAUACCGGCACCAACGCGCAGUUCCAGUUCUCUAUCACGGACGGUGAUGACGCGAAUAUGUUUGCUAUCAGGUCCAACGCUAAAAAUAGUAGUAUUGGAGAAAUUUACACGCUACUGCAGUUAGAUCGAGAAACUGUUCCUCGGUACAAUUUGACCGUGACAGCUACUGACUCUGGAGGGUUGGAGGGUAUCGCAGUGGUGCAUCUUAUUGUAACCGAUUUUAAUGACAACGGCCCUUGGUUCAAGCCCCGAUUUUAUGAGGGUACUGUCAAGGCGGGCAAAAAUCCCAGCCAAGGACAACCUGUCUUGACUCUUGAGGCAUACGAUCCCGAUGAAGCGAGCAACGGUCCUCCGUUUACAUUCUCCCUUGUGGAUUCGAACCUCAACAGUCGUUUCAAACUAACAAAAGCCACAGAUAAGACGGCCGAUAUGGUUGCUUUCGGAGAAUUCAACAGGGAAGUAAAGCAGCGGUGGGAAGUUGAAGUGAAGGUAGUUGACAGUGGAGUUCCAAGGAAGGAGAACAAAACUUUUGUGUACAUUGAAGUUGAAGAUGAAGAUCCUAUAAGCGAACCGUUCGACGGAAAGCUGACCAUCAUUGUGAACGCGUACAACGGCAGGUUUGCCGGUGGAAUCAUUGGUAAGGCUUAUUACAAAGACAACGAUUACAAGGGCGACCAGAAUAAGUACAGCAUGGACAACCAGAACUUCUUCACCCUCAACUCAGCAACUGGUGAUAUCACAGCCAAGGCUAAUAUACCAAUGGGUACGUAUACAUUCAGUGUCGAAGUCGAAGAACAAAAGCAACGACCUGGUAAUUUCCCGAAGACUGUAACCUCUAGGGUAACAGUCACAGUACAAAGUGUAACAAGUGCAGCGAUCCAACAAAGCGUGGCCAUACAGAUAUUAAAGAUAAGGAAAACGUCAUUUUUUGUGGGUGACUACUACUCCAAAGUUCGAUUGGCGCUGGCGAAAAUUCUGGCUGGUGGCGAAACAGACCAAAUUUUAAUCUUCAGUAUCCAGAAGGCUCCUGUCAAUCGUGUUCCUCUCUCGGAUCUGUUUGGAGUGGAGAUUUACCUUGUUGUGAAGUCGUCUGGUAGUGGGUUUUUGGAUCGCCUGGAUGUUGUAAGGCGGCUAAUACAAGGGAAAGAGACACUUGAGGAGCUAGGACUAGAGAUCGGAAGCAUUGGUAUCGAUGCAUGUGCAUACGAACAGCAAAGAGUUGGGACAUGUAGUAACGUUGUUAAAGCGUCUUCAGCUUUCACCGUAGUGAGCGGUGAUUACGGUAAAAUUCCUGCUCCUGCGAGCUCUUUGACAGUGGUGGCUAUGAACGUCAAUCUUCAAGCAGAGUACACAUCUAUCAUCUUACCGGAAAUCAACUGCACCACGGGCACGCCCUGCCUUCACGGUGGAACAUGUCAUAAUGCCGUUCCAAAGGGAAUUAUCUGUGAGUGUAGUCGAGAAUAUCGAGGGCCGGAAUGUCAAAGCACCACCAGGACAUUUAAAGGCAAUUCGUAUCUCUGGCUGGAGAAGCUGGCCGCUUAUGAACGCAGCAUUGUCUCGCUACAGUUCAUGACCGAAACGGCAAAUGGGCUGCUUCUCUACCAAGGCCCUGUUUUUAAAGAUUCCAACAAUGGUUUACCAGACGUGAUGGCCGUGAUGAUGGUUGAAGGAUACAUAAAGCUUGUGCUCACUCUUGGCCCUCAUCCGAACGCUCCGUUAGAGCUGUACAUGAACCGAGGAGAUCGGCUGGAUGAUAAGCAAUGGCACACGGUGGAGGUUAUUCGAGAGCUUAAGAAAGUGACUGUGAGGAUUGAUCUGUGCUCUAAAGCUCAGGUUGUGGAAGAUGAUGGACAAGUUGUAGAGAACAGAGCGUCGUGUGAGAUUGAGGGCGAAGUGUGGGGCUCCAAUGUGUACCUUAAUGGAUUUGGGCCACUUCAAAUUGGUGGAGUAGAGAACGCGCUCGAAAAUGCAAAGAUCAACUACGCUGGGUUUAAAGGCUGCAUAAGGAAUAUAAAAGACAACGACUUAAUGUACGAUUUACUGAAUCCUCUUAAGGAAAGGAACACAGAAUUGGGAUGUAAGCUUGAAAACAAUCUGUGUCCGGAUUGUAACGAUCAUGGAUAUUGCGAGCCUUUGUGGACCAACAGUAUUUGUGUGUGCGACCUGGGCUACAGCGGGCCCAACUGUAACUCAAGAACGAAUGCAAACUGGUAUAAACCCAACAGCUUCACCCAGUACCGAAUGAGGCAAACCAAAAGAAAACGCCGCGAACUUGUUCCCCCGCCAGUUUCCAUGACAAACGAAUUCUACACUAACAUUGCCCUUCAAGUUAGGAUCUCUCCCAAUUCUUCCAAUGUGGUUGUCUUCUUGGCUUCCAAUAGCCUGGGAACAGAAUUCAACAGGAUUGAUGUAAAGAAUCACGUGUUGCGUUACGUCUUCCGGCUUGGUGACCGUAUGAAGAUCCUCAGUAUUCCCCAACUGAACAUAACAGAUGAUAAAUACCACACAAUUGUAGUCAAGAGAGUAGGUAACCGAGCAAGGCUUCAGAUCGAUUACGAUGGUAAAGUGGAGGGGACAACGCGUGGUAUACACAAACUGCUCAACAUGGGAGGAGGAAGCUUCUUUACUGGUGGCUUGCCUAACGUUACUGAGGUACGAGUCGUAGAAGCGUUUGUUAACAGUGGCGGUAACGCCAUCUUGCGCACUGCCGACGGCAACAUCAUCUCAAGCGGAAUAGGAAGUGGAUUAUCAGGAUACAGUUCCUCGGAUGCCGAGCUCAUGGGCACCAUGAUAACUGUUGGUCUUAGAGGAGAGGUGUACUCCUCAAGUUCGUUCAUGAAAUUGUAUUCCCCACUUGGAAUGCGAGCUCUAGUGGGUUCGUCCGGCCGUAUAUUUGUGGGACGUACUGCAACAACAAGUACGAGAACAUCUAUAAGGACUUAUUCCUAUAAGUCAUACACGCCCAUCGGCGUGAAAAGUGGGGGCAAGAUUAAUGUUAGAGUCAUAUCAACGAAUUACAACCCAAGUGGAAGCUCUGUCGUUAUUAGUUCAACCACAGGCGGUAGUGCAGUUGGGUCUUCUGGUGGAGGUGGGUCAUCUGGUGGAGGUGGUUCUUCUGGUGGAGGUGGGUCAUCUGGUGGAGGUGGGUCAUCUGGUGGAGGUGGUUCUUCUGGUGGGGGUGGGUCUUCUGGUGGAGGUGGUGUUGUAACUGGUGAGGUUGGUGUUGUUGGUGGUGGUGGUAGUGUAGGUCGUGGUAUUGGUGGACAAUACGUCACUGGAGCCACGGUAUUAGGAGGUGCUAGCUCUGCUAAUGCAUAUGGACAAAUCAAUGCGUAUGGCACCACCCUUAGUGGAUGGACACUUCUGGGAGCAACCACUGAUGGUGCUAAGGUAGUUGAAGUUAUAGGAGAUUUCGGAGGAUGUACGGCGUCAAACAAUUACAAUGGCGUAGAUUUGGACAACGAUAACAGUAUAGAGGCACGGCGUCAGAAUGUGGAAUUCGGUUGUCCGUGUUCUUCAGGUUUCUGUUUGCACGGUGGAACAUGUGUGGAUGCUGUACCUCCUUAUUGUAUGUGCCCGCCUGGUUGGACUGGACCACGAUGCGAGACUGUUGUUACCAGCCCUAAUCCAGGCACACGUCCAGGAAGCAGGUGGGCGAAUCCUGCAGUUAUCGCAGUUGUCCUGGUCGUUUUGCUGGCCAUUUUAGCAAUUGUCGGCGCCGUAUUACUGAAAAGGCGACCAGUACCUGCUGUGGUGGCUGUGGUUGAAGAUGGGCAUGUUCACGACAACAUUCGACCGUACCACGACGAAGGCGCCGGCGAGGAAGAUAACUUCGGUUAUGAUAUCACAACUCUUAUGAAGUACACUUAUGUUGAAAACGGCAUAGCUGGUACAGGUGGCGCAGGAAGUGGCAAGUUCAAGGAUGCUGGGGGUAUUGGCGAAGAAGAGUUCACCGUUGCAGAAAAUAAACCCCUUCUACAAGGAGCGAUGCCUGGUGCUGGUUUACGGCACGGGGUUACAACCAUGACUAAGCGUCGCGUAGUACAUCCUGAAAGCAUUGACGUGAAACAGUUCAUCGAUACGCGCGUUCACGAAGCGGACGGCGAAUACAUCUUAUCCAUUGACGAGUUACACAUUUAUCGGUACGAAGGAGAUGAUUCAGACGUCGACGACCUCAGUGAGCUUGGAGAUAGUGACGAAGAGCCGGAUGAGGAGGAGGAGCAAGAAUUUGCUUUCUUGCAAGAAUGGGGCAAGAAAUUCGAUAACCUUAACCGUAUUUUCAACGAAGACGAUUAAUUCAUGCAGCCGUUUUGUACAUAAGCUGAUUUUUUAAAGAUUAAAUCAAUAGGUUUAGGCACUUUGUUACUCUGCCUUGUUCAAGCUCGUCUAACCACCUCAUAUUUUUGACUUGGAACGUCCAUGACCUCAUUUUGUGAAGAACUGUUCGAAUACGCAAGUUAAACGAGAAAUUCUCGAUGAGACGAGAGCGCUUUUAAUGUGUGUUAGUACAUGUGUAACUCUUAUCGGACAUACUUGGACACUAGCGAGGUACUCGCUGUUAAUUUAAAUUAGCAAAGGUGUGGUUAGAAAAAAGGUUCUGUAUCAGAGGGAAAAUUUAACUCUGACAAAGAAGUUUUUUGUCAUUACCGUGUAAUAGUUAACAUUUAUGUCUGAAGGUUUUCGGUGCAAAAGACGAAUUUAAGUAACGUUGCCGUAAAUUGGGAAAUGAAUUUUCUUUGUUUUAGCACAAUAAUCCCUCCUUUACCUUUGAGGUGAGGGGCUACUCGCGCCGGUAAGAACACAUAAAUCUAUUGCAGAGGUCUGCGUUUUCAAUAGUGUUACCUCAAUAGUGUUACGCCCUCUCUUCCGUGUGUACAAUUGGAAAAGUUUAGAAACUUCUCAAGGGAAGGGAACGUAGUCUCAUGACUAGCUAAAUAUUCGCGUCUAAUAUUGAACUAAAAGUGUACACCUGGUGUAAAGUAUCAUUUUAAGAUUUCUUCGAGUUAUUUAAUUUCUUCAUUUUCGUCAGAUAAAGAUGGUGAUAGUGCAAUAACUUGCUAGAUAGAAGUCAAUAAAUUAUGUGUUUGUAGGAAAAAAAUGGAAAAUUA